AUGGCAGAAAAUGUGCAGGCUCAAGAAAAUGGCACACACGGCACCAAAGAUGAAGCCUUGUCAAUAUUCAGCAAAUACCAGUCCAGCUUUGCCAGACGUCUGAAGAAACCGGAGGCAAUGAAUAUGCUACAGACAGAGUUCAACCUGACGGAGACUGAGGCCCAGAUCAUGUUUACGGCGUUUGAUAAAGACAACAAUGACGUUCUCAGUCUGUGGGAGUUCAGGCAGUUUUAUCAGACAAUAGGAGCUAAUGCCCACGACAUGAUUGAGCUCUUCCGAAAACUAGAACAGGACGGAUCCGGCACUAUAGACAUCGACAAAGCCUUUGAUGCUCUGAAGAGCAUUGACUCUGGCAAAGGGAAGCUUUCAGAUGAAGAAAUUGCCAUGUUCCUGAAAACAACAGCUGGAGAAUCCAAGACCAUUGACCUGCACAAGUUUAUUAACAUGAUGUGUAGGCUGAAGGUCUACAAAGGGACAGCAUAA